GCUGUACGAAUAUUGCUUUGCGUCUAAUACGAGAAGUCUAUGAGGUAACAAUAAUUGUAAUAUAAUAGCAGAUGUUAUAUUAUAAAUUUUAGUCUUACUAUUUUUAAUAGUAGAACAAAGUAAAUACGUGUCUUUUAAAGCUUUGUCAAAUUAAUUUUUGUUAAAAAGAUUUCAACGACAAAUAUUAUUAAUUAUUUUCAAAUGUUUUCAUUAAAACUUGUCAAUUUUAGUUUUUUAUUAUUUUAUGUGAUUAUAUAUUCGAAAGCAUAUAAUACUUCUAUCAAAUCAAUGUAUCUAUUAGAUAAGUUACUAAAUUUUCCGGGAUGGAAAAAUUUAAAUGAUGUAAGAUCUAUCGAAUAUCGUCAUAAAACAUAUUAUCUUAAUAAUCUGAUUCAAACACCUACAUUAAAGGUUAAAGGUGAACAAAAGAUACGAGCCUUGACUAUAUAUCUCAGUUGCACGUAUGCAAAAGUUAUGAAUAAUAUUUUUUCAGUUAUUAUCAACUGGCAAAAAAUGUAUAAGGAAGAAAAUAAAGAAGAAAUAAACUUAAUAAAUAGAUGCAUUUAUACUGAAGAACUCAUAAACACAAUAACCACAUUAAUUGUUCCAAUAGCAACAUUGUUAAAAGGCGCAAUAGACACUUUGGAUUUAUUACAUCAUUUACCAUGGGCUACAUUUAAAAACUAUCACCAAAAGCCCAUAAUAAGUCAUUUAUUGGAUAAAAUAGGAUGUAUUUUUGACCAAUUGAAUGAUUCAAUUCUAUCAAUUGACGAUAGAUUUACAAACUGUUUGACAUUUAAUUUAGUACAUAUAUAUUUUGAUAAAAUAAUAGAUGAAUUAAAACAUGAAACUGACACAUUUUGUGAAUUUGUACCUUACAAUUCGAAUUAUUUAUGGAAUAAAUGUAUACAAGAAUAUAGAGCCUUUAAUAACCAGGGAGUACAAUUAAUAUUUUUCAAAUUCUUAACAAAAAAAAUUAAAGAUUAUAUCAAGACAGUAAUUGUCGAAAAGUAUUUUCAACUGGGAUUUAAAUUUGAUCCAAUUACCAACGAAACAUUUAUACAAUCUCCAAAGGAACUAUUUGAACUAGAAUUAGAAUUUAGAGCAACAGACGAAGAACCUUCAAGGACAGUAAAAAUAAUAACUUAUUAGAUGUUGUAAUAAAAUUAAUUUUGUUUUUAUUAUAUGUUUCAUAAUUAAUUACAUUAUUAGUAUUACUUAGUAAAUAUUUAAAUUAUUACUAAAACUUAAACGUUAUGAUAAUUACGCAAUUAUUUAUUGGUCGUAUACAUGGAAAUUUAAUAUAUUAUUGAUAUCAACAAUUAUAAAACUUUAAUAAAAAAAAUUCUUCAUAAUAGUUAUUAAAAGACUUGAUUUCAUUAUUGAAUCAUUAUUUAAUAAAUAAAUUAGUUAAUUAUACAUGCAUGCAUUUUAAAGGCUGAUAUUGUUUAUUAAAUUUUUUUGUCUUAUGUAUAUGUAUGUUCUUUUUAUAUUAAAAAUAUAUAAUAAAAAAACACUGAAAAACGGGGUUGCAGAACAAUGGAUAAAACUAAAGACAAUAUCUGACAGUGAUUGAAAUACCAUAUCAUAAAAAAUCUUCGAUGUAAAACAGUAGAUAUUAUAUAAUUUUUAGAAGGAAUAGUUGUGUUAUUUAAAAAGCAAUAUAAAUAUAUUUUAUGAUUUAUAUGUAUUAUACACAAA